GAAAUCAAUUUAACUGGCCGCCGUUUUCCGGGUCGGCGCCGGGCGGCCAAGCCUUAUUCCGCGUGUUGGCUGCAGGAUAUACGUGAAACAAGACAGGUGACUGAGAUGGACGACCGGAUUUUCGAAACAGGCGAACCAGUUGGCCGCGAUGCUGACGGCCGCACCAGCAACAAGCCAAAUCUGGCCCCCCCGAGUCACGGAAUCGGCCUGCGGGCUCCUGGGAAGGCCGCGCGCGAUGGUGAAGACGCAUGUAUUUGGUUCUCGGUCGCCCCCGUGCGCUUUUUGAGACGAGCUGCUCCUCGACCCCGUUCCCAAGACUUGACGCAUGCACUCACCGAGGCCGCCGUCGUCCUGAUUCUGUGUAAGCUUAUUCGUCCACACUGCAUUGUACUGAAUCGAAUCGAAUCGAGUUGAAUUGAAUUUGUCACCGUCCACUCCGCAAUGGCAACCGAUGAGCGAGAUGUGGAGCAGAAGCUCGACGAGAACCUCUUGGCCGUGCUCCCCGAGGGCGGCAAGGUGAUGUCUGUGACUCCCUCCGGCAUGAGCGAUUACUGCAACACGUACCGAGUCGAAGUGGCAAUGCCCGAUGGCAGCUCGCAGGUCUUUUUUCAAAAGGAGUCGGCGGGCGAAACGGGGUGGGAUUUGAUGGAGGCUGCUUACAAGUCGGAAAUCACUGCGCACGAGUUCAUUCCCGAAUUCCUCCCGAGACCGAUCACGCUGGGCACGUACAAGUCGCGCCCAAACGUCCAUUUCUACCUGGCAGAGUUCGCCGAGAUGAUCGACGAUGAUAUUCCGGGCCCCGAAGGCUAUAUGUCGGGCCUCAUUGCCCUCCACACUCGCAGCAUGGGCAAGUCGCCCAACGGCAUGUUUGGGUUCCCCAUCAACACGCGCUUCGGUAACAUGGAGCAGGAAAACGGCUGGAAGGCGACCUGGGAGGAGUUCUGGAGCGAGCAGAUGAGGCGCUACCUCGACAAGGAGGAGGCGGGCCGCGGAGUGCCCGACGCCGAGCUGGCGAGACUGCGCCCGCUGUUCUUUGAGAAGGUCAUCCCUCGCUACCUGCGACCACUGGAGACCGGUGGGCGCUCCAUCACGCCAGCUCUGGUGCACGGGGAUGCCUGGCCGGGCAACAUCAAGUACCGGACCGACGGCGAAACCGUCUGCGCUUUUGACACGUGCAUAUUCUGGGCCCACAACGAGAUGGAUCUGGGAGUCAUCCGUAACCCGCGCUACCCUCUCGGAAAGCCGUACCUGAAGGAGUACUGGAAGCAUGUUCCGAUUUCCGAGCCAGAGGAGGACGCCGACAGCCGGAACAGCCUCUACCUGCUGAGAAACCAGGUGCUGCUCGCGGCGCUGUAUCCCCAGGACCACAAGCUCCGUGAAAUAUUUGUUAGCAACAUGCGAUUCCUCGUCGACCGCGUGCAGGCGGAGGAGGAUGCCGCCAAGAAAGUGUCUCAGCUCGCCGACAGCCUUCAGACCCAGGCUCGCCUGUAAGAAGUUAGUCUGGAAGGGGACAGAACUUUUGCAGUCUCUGGAUGAUAUUAGAUGCUUGUAUGAUAAUGAACGAUACUAGUAACUUCUCACGCAAGUUGAGUUGUUCUGUUCAGGUUUC